UGUUGGCGCAGCGGGACCUCUAUGAGGUUUGAAUAUUCCAGAACGAGGGCAGGCGCCUAUGCUUCUGCAGCAGCUGAAGAUCGUGCGCGGCUGCGGGGCGUGCGGCCUAUUGGCUGCCGGCCUCUUCGACUGGGGCAAGGGGGUGGAAGCGGAGUUGAGGAAGAAGGUGUUGGCGCAGCGGGACCUCUAUGAGGAGCUUGAAAGGGCGCCUAUGCUUCUGCAGCAGCUGAAGAUCGUGCGCGGCUGUGGGGCGUGCGGCCUAUUGGCUGCCGGCCUCUUCGACUGGGGCAAGGGGGUGGAAGCGGAGUUGAGGAAGAAGGUGUUGGCGCAGCGGGACCUCUAUGAGGAGCGCAGGUUUGGAUAUUCCAGAACGAGAGCAGGCGCCUAUGCUUCUGCAGUAGCUGAAGAUCGUGCGCGGCUGCGGGGCCUGCGGCCUAUUGGCUGCCGGCCUCUUCGACUGGGACAAGGGGGUGGCCCGAAGCCCGCAUCUUCUUGCAGCUUAUCGGAAGUGGAGCUUCCAAAUCAAUGAAUUCGUGGCAUGGCGAUUUCAGUCGCCAGGUCGCGCUUUCUGCACACUGUGGUACAGAAUGGAUUAAUGUCGACCCAGGAUUAACAAACCCU